CGUCACUGCGCCCUGUCUCGUGCGCACAAACCCCCGCAUUCUGCCCCGCACCUCCCUCAUUCUAUCACUCCGUGCAACACGCCGCGUCUUCCUUACGACCGGCCUUUACGUCAAUCGUCUCUGUGCUGACCUCUUGACCAUUUUCUAGCGCCUACCCAUAAUAUCACCCUCACCCGCACUGCCCUCGAGAUCGUCGAGAUGCAUGGCAAGCUGCGCGAGACCCAUCCCGGCUACAAAAUGCCCAUCCUCCCCAUCGACGUCGCCGCCAUCCCCCAGCCUCCCAAGCGCAAAUCGGCCUUCCUCAAUACCCUCUCGCGUCUCGCUUCUCCGGCGUCCAAGGCAGGCCAACGCUCCGCGUCUGGGCGCCACAUCUCGGCCACCAGCUCUGCGUCGAGCGCCCUCCCCACCCCGCUCGCGUCGCCCAAACACGAGCUCAAUGACCCUUUCUCAGAGGGGGACGAUGAGGACGACCUACAGCCGCCCAUCCCACCCGCGAACAGCGCUGUCACCGCCCUCGCCGCGUACCUGACGAACGUCGCGAACGACGCCGCAUUGCGCCAGUCCCGCGUCUGGAAGCGCUUCAACAGGGUGCGCACCGACGAUCUGCAGAGCGUGCGCGUCGAGCGCGCCAUCAAGCGCGUUAGGUCCGACAUCGCCGCACACGUCAGCCCUGGCAGCUCGACCGAUAUACGGCAGUCUAUCAGCCAGGUCGUCAACGGAGACGAGGAGAAGCCGAAGACGAACGGCGUGCAUGCACCCGAUACGACGGCGUCAGUGCAGGAGGACAUCACCGAAGAGGACGAGGGCGCCGAGUCGACCCCGCCCCCUGCGGCGCCAGGUGUGUCUGCUAAAGAUAGCGCGUCUGCGAAGGCUGAGAAGACCGGCGAAGGUGCCGAGGACGGCGCAGAGACGGAGCAGGACCGUGCCCCGACGCCGCGCUCACCCAAGUUCUCCUCAGCCACCGCGGACAGCACGGCGGACAGCACCGUCGAGGACGGGGACGCGCCGCCCACGCCGGACGGCCCCUCGCACCGCAUCCCGCGCUCGCAGUCCGCCGACCCGAUGCUGCGUGCGUCGCGCGUGUACCUCGCGUCGCCGCUCGGGAGCGACACGACCUCGUCGCGCACGUCGCAGACGGGCGAGUCCGCGGACGACUCGUCGAUCUCGACGACGGGGCGCACGUCCGCGCGGAAGAAGCGCUCGAAGAGCAUGGACCCGAACACGGUCGGGAAGAAGAGCCAGCGCAAGGUCGUGGUCGACGACUUUGAGAUGAUGCGCGUGCUCGGGAAGGGCUGCGCGGGCAAGGUCCUGCUCGUGCGCCACAAGCCGACCCAGGACGUGUUCGCGCUCAAGGCGAUCACGAAGCGCCACGUGCUGGCGCACCAGGAGCUGCAGCAUACGUUGACGGAGCAGGCCGUCCUCAAGAGAAUGGCCGCGGAGGGCUCUGAUCCGUUCGUCGUGAAGCUGUGGUGGAGCUUCCAUGAUAAGGAGAACCUCUUCUUGGUUAUGGACUUCCAUCCCGGUGGCGACUUGGCUACGCAACUGGCCCGUUGGGGCCGUCUCGGUCGCGACCGUGCAAGGUUCUAUGCUGCCGAAAUCGUCGAGGGUGUGGAGGGGCUCCACGCUGCCGGUGUCAUCUACCGAGACCUGAAGCCCGAGAACAUCCUCAUCGCCGCCGACGGUCAUAUCGUCCUCACCGACUUUGGCCUCUCAAAAGAGUUCCCGCGCAGGAACGCCCCGCUCACCGCGCCGUCCACUCCCUCUGGGUUCCGGGGCGACUUCACUGCUGGCACGCCCACUGCUGCGACUCCGCACUGGAUGAAGCAUGAGGCAGGCAAGGACUGGGCGCCCCCCGCGCAGCUCGACACUACGUCGACGUUCUGCGGUACCGCGGAGUACCUUGCGCCGGAGGUCAUCCAGGGCCAGCAGUACAGCUACGAGGUGGACUGGUGGAGCUUCGGCACGAUGCUCUACGAGAUGCUUACUGGGAUCACUCCGUUCUGGGCGAACAACCACUCCGACAUGUACUACAGGGUCUUGCAGGAUGAACUACAGUUCCCCGAGGAUAGAACGAUGGAUCAGGACACCAAGAGUCUAGUCCGUGGUCUGCUGCAACGCAAUCCUGCCUUGCGUAUGAAGGAACCACGGAUCAAGAAGCAUCCCUACUUCUCGAUGAUAGACUGGUCGCAUGUGUAUUAUAAACGCUACAUACCCCCCUAUAUUCCGCCUAUCGACCCAUCCAACGCCAGUGAUACCCAGAACUUCGACGAUACCUUCCUGGACAUGGAGCCUGUAAUCAAAGACGACGAAGAGCAGAUUGACACGGACCAGGAAGGUCAGACCGAUGCUGAGCGCACUGACGGCGAGGAUGGCGCAGUUACGCCGUCGCAAUCUCGGAGUCCUUCGAUCCACCCUGUGGAAGACGAGGUCGAUGUGUUCGACGGAUACUCGUUCAAGGGCAGACACUCUAUCAUCAUGGAUGAGGAGGAUGAGGAGGAAGAGGAAGACGAGGAAGAAGAGGACGAGGAAGCGUCCGUCACUGGGCCAAGUAUCGACAGCGUGCUUCUCGAGGAGCAGGCUUCUGAAGGAGUUGCUGUCGGUGCAGAGGUUGCAGAUCAGACGGCAGUGGCAGUUGAUGAGGCAGCCGAGCCCAAGACGCCGGAAGCGCGUCCCGCGGUGCUACCACAGGCUGCUGCACCUCCGAGUCCCUCCAGGGAACAGGCUGCCGCAGCUGCGAAGAAGACCGUAUCUCGGCGCAGUCGCGAGGUGCAGAUCUCGGAAGCCGCGAAAGCCGAGGCGGCCACCGCCGACGAGGCCAAGGCUGUGAAGGUUGCCGCUGCGAAGCGGCAGAGCGCACAGAGGCUGCGGGGACGCAGGGAGAAGUCCGGUAUCCCGGCCUUGGACCGCGACCUGUCCGACGCACACGACGAGGACACGGAGCGCGAAGAGGACGACGACUGGGACUUCGUCGAGGCGGACGUCAAUGUCGAGGAACGCAAUGGUGCAAAGGGCACGAGUCUGUUUGCGCGUGGCGUCGUCGACAGGUAUAAGCUCGCGGUGUUCCGCAAGUCGACGCCGCGCAGGUCGGGCGGGCCUCGGUCGUUCUCUGGCAUUUCGAUGGAAUCCGAACUUGCCAGCCCGGAGGGUGCUUCACCGACGCCUUCAGACAAACAGCGACGGGGGCGCUCUGCGGGGCUUACCUUCCGCAAGCACCCUAGGCAGUUCCUGCGCCAGAGGUCACCGCAAGCGUCGUCGCGGUCGAGCCCGAGUGGCAAGACGCUCACUUCGUCGACCUCGGCAACGCUGUCGGCUGCCUCGACCAAUUCGACCGGCGGGCUGUUGACCCCGUCAGCAUCUGGUGGCAGUACGGAGCCCGGCACUCCGUCGUUAAGAUCGAAGGAGUCCGCAAUGUCUAUGGGCUCCCCGAGCGAUACGUCCGACCUCUCCAUCGACGAAGUGAACCACCUAGGUGACCACACGAUCCGGGGCAACGCUGCAGUGGACGAAGACAGACAAAAGAGCAAGGUCUUGAAGAAGUACAAGGAAGCAGGGGAGAAGGUCUUGUCCAUCUUCCAGUCGCCCCGGUAACCUCGUCGGUGGGCGGUGUGUUCAUACGAACGCUAUCGAAUCCUUCACAUGCUGUGCUUGACGUUGCAUCUCUUGCUGCUAUGCAUUUCACCUAUUGCUAUUAUUCACCAACAUUGUCUACGUUCCUUCACUUCUGCUUCCGUGCCCCUGGAAAGGACACAUGGUGUUCAUACGGAUUCUAUCGACCCACUCUCCUUAUUGCGGUUAUUUUGUGUUAUUGUAUCUUGGUAUCCCCUCAGAAACGCAGCAAACUGUUCUCCAUAGUAUUUACGAGCACUGACCACCACGUAUCGUCGCUAGACCAUUCAUUAAUACAGACUGUCGAUGAUGGCUGAACUGGAA